AUGCAGGCUGCUGGGCUGGGUCCCCUCGAAAGCAGAGGCUCCCCCUUUCAGGCCACAACAGGCACCAACCACACUCGGGAUGAUGGCACCACCCAAGGCCUCUGAGAGCUGCUGCCGGCCGUGUACUCCCUGAUCCACACCAUGGUGCCGACACGCAACACAGCUGUCAUCCACAUGAUCCUGAGGGGGCCCAGCAGGAGGACGGUGGCCCACGUGUCCAUCCUGAACCUGGCUGUUGCCGUCAGUCUCUUCAUGCUGGUGCUGCCCGCCCUCGUCACGGGACGACCACUGCAGCCCCAGACUUUCAGGGAGCCGCUCUGCAAACGGGUGCCAGCUGUCCACCGCCAGAUCCUCUUCUCCAGCACCUACCUCCUGGCUACUGUGAGUGUGGACCACCACCCGGGGAUGCUGGCCGCCACAAGGUCCCGCCCAGGCCCCAGCACACCCUCCUGGGCAAAGAUCAGCCUGUGUCCGGGUCGAGGUCACCAUCAUGGUGUCCUUGCCGUGAUCCACAGCAGCGAGCUGCAGGCCGCGAGCUGCGGGCUGAGCUCCCCACAGCCUGAGAGAGCCGGUGCAAGGCUGCAUCCACAUGCUGGUCCUGCACUUCGUGGCGCCCUCUGUGUGCUAGGUGCGGACCUGCCUCAUCGGCCGUGGGCCCCGCAACCGCCCUCCACAACCAAAGCUCUGGGCAAGGCCGAGCAGAAGGCGACCGGCCUGGUUCUGGCUGUGCUGGCCGCGGGUCUGCUCUGCUGGACACACUGCCACCUGGCCUCCGGCAUGACCCUGACCGCACACCUGCCCCAGACAUCCCCGGUCAUCCGCAUCUCCUGUGCCAUCACCAGCCUCCAGCCCAGGAGCUAAAGGAGCUGUGCCAGCUCCCGUCCCAACGCUUUCCUCUACUUCCUGGGUGAAAGCUUCCAAAACACCUUCCAGAGCACAUUCCGGUGUCCAGGAGCCUGA